AUGCCAGCACUUGAAUCAAUACAAUUGCAUGUAUUUUGUGAUGCUUCACAAAAGGCAUACGGAGCCGCAGUCUGCGUUCGAACGAAACUAAUGGAUGGUCGACUAAUAAAUCGAUUGUUGUGUUCCAAGUCCCGUGUUGCUCCACUCAAAAAACAAACAAUUCCAAGGUUAGAACUGUGUUCAGCUCUAUUUGGAGCAACAUUGAUGAAAAAGGUUAAAAACAAUAUAAAUCAUGAUGUAGCAACGUAUUAUUGGACUGAUUCAGAAAUCGUUCUCUUUUGGAUCAACUCGUCAUCAGCAAGGCAUCAAAAGUUCAUAGCAAAUAAAAUCAAUGCAAUUCAGGAAAUAAGCUUGCAUAAUCAAUGGCGUCACGUAAGAUCUAAGAACAACCCAGCUGACUUAUUAUCACGGAGUAUCAAGCCAGCUCAAUUACUCGGAAAUAACUUGUGGUUAUACGGUCCACUCUUUCUUCAUGGAUCCGAAAGCAACUGGCCUGGCGAAUUUUAUAAAACUCCUUGUAUUGAUCCGGUGAAUCCUGAAUGGAAACAAACGACAAGGGAAGUGGCCGUAAUCUCAACUAAUUACGAUAUCCAUUGGAUCGAUAGAAUCAAUCACACGAAUUCAUUCAGAACUCUACUACAUACGGUAGGAUAUAUGCUGCUAUUUGUAAAUCGGGCAAGGCGAACCAAUUUAAGCAAUAUCACUACGGCUCUAAGCCCUAAGGAACUGGAGCUGUCACUCAGGCAUAUAGUGAAGUACAUACAACAGUCAGAACUAAGAGAAGAAUUAAAUCAGAUAGAACGCAGCCAAACAGUAUAA